UUCAAUUCGUAAAGUUUUUCCCCACACGUGUGGUGAACAAAAUAAUGUAAAUAGAAAACAACUGAUUUCGAUUCAAAUUAUUCAUUAAAAUGGACUGUUCUGCAACGUAAGUAUUCAAAUUUUAAUUAUUAACAAAAUUUAUAAUUUAAAUUUUAUUUGAUAGUAAACCAAAAUACGACCGAGCUACGCACGAGCAGUUAGAGGCAUAUGUUUUAUUUUGCUAAGCACACCCAGAAAUGGGUACGGGGAAAAAUUGCAAAAACGCCUCAACUGAUGAAGGAGUUAUGCAACAGCUGGCAGAUCGACUUAAUUCGUGCAGAGGACCAAUACGAAGUGCUUCAAAAUGGAAAGAGGUAACAUUUUAGUCUAUUUUGAUACAAAUAUUCGUUUAAUUAUUAUAUUGUGUUAAUUUGUAUACGUUAGGCGUUUAGAAAAGCCAACUGCGCACUCGUUAAAGGCGGUUGAAAAUGAACCAAAGGCUCACAGGUGGCGGUCCAAGUUCCAAGCCGAUGACGGACUUUGAGCAAACGGAUGAAUGCGCAAUUUCAUCACCCACGGGUAGUCCUCUACAAUUAUGCAGUCAGGUAGAAAUGACCCCAAAUCCCGAACAGCAUCCAGCAAGUCCAUCGACACCAUCUACGUAUCUUAGCUUGGAAAACCAGGAUGCUUCAACUUCGGUGCUAUCACGAAGUGCACGAAAUAAGCUUAUCAGCACUUUGAUAGCUGAUAUACCAAAAAGGAAUGCUGCUGAGGAGGAGAGGCGACGGGAGCAUCAUGAAAUGAUGUAGGUCAUUCAAGGCCUAACUAAUUCUAU